AUGGCUGCCCCAGGUCUCAACGUCAUCGCGCUCAUCUCGGGCGGCAAAGACAGCUUCUACAGUCUGCUGCACUGCAUUCAGAAUGGGCAUCGCAUCGUCGCCCUCGCAAACCUCCACCCUCCGCUGCGCGAUGCGCCCACCGGCGACUCGCACGAGGACGAAAUGGACCUCAACAGCUUCAUGUACCAGACUGUCGGCCACGAAGUCAUUCCGCUGUACGCGGAAGCCACCGGCAUCCCGCUGUACCGACAGGCCAUUGGCGGAGGGGCCACGCGCCAUGAGAGAGACUACGCCUACGACGCAGCAGAGCAGAGCGUCGAUGAAACCGAGUCCAUGCUGUCGCUGCUGCGUGACGUCCAGGAAAAGCACCCCGAGGCGAACGCGCUCUGCUCCGGGGCCAUCUUGUCAACCUACCAACGCACGCGCGUCGAAUCAGUCGCGGCGCGUCUCGGCCUGGCGCCGCUGGCCUACCUCUGGAAAUAUACGGCGCUGCCCCCGCCCGGGACCGCGCCGGCCGAUGAAGCGCAGCUGCUGCUCGACAUGGCGGCAGCGGGUCUCGAGGCCCGCAUCAUCAAGGUGGCGAGUGCCGGGCUGGACGAGAGCCAUCUGUGGGAGUGCGUGUCGAGCGAGGCCGGGUCGGGCCGCGUGAAGCGGGCGCUCCGCAAGUUUGGCGCGGGCGACGGCGCGUCGCUGGGAGAGGGCGGCGAGUUUGAGACGCUGGUCCUGGACGGGCCUGGCUGUCUCUUCAAGAGGAGGAUCAUUGUGCCGGAGCGAGGUCGGCGCGUGGUGCGAGAAGGCGGCGGCUCUACAUGGAUUUUGACCCGAGGCGCGCAUUUACAGGACAAGUAUGAUUCAAACUUGGACUCGAAUCUGAAUGUGAGAAUUCCAAAUUUGUUUGAUUCGAGGUUCGCGCAAGUAUUGGAAAACUUGACAGUGCGACCUGAUGAAGCAUCGGUGCCCGCAGUCCAAGGCUCCGAGAUCAAAUCAUUAUCAAGGCUAAGCAUCUCAAACAACAAUGAGCCUGAACUAUUCACGUGGAGUUUUAUUUCUGAUAACGCUUUUGACUCAAGCAUGAUAGCCAAAGAGACAACUGAAGUGGUCGGCAAACUCGAAGAAGCACUGGCCAGCAAUGGCCUCGACGCUGCCCACCUCACAACGGUUAUCAUCGUUUUGAGAAGCAUGUCUGACUUUCCUACAAUCAACCAUGGGUAUGGAAGUUUAUUCAAAUUACCCAAUCCCGCAUCCCGGGUCACUAUAUCUUGCGGCAACUUGCUACCAGAGGGACGCAAUAUCAUGCUGUACGCCACAGCUCCGCCAGCAUCCAAGACGAUCAUACGAGACGGACUGCAUGUACAGUCAAGAUCAUACUGGGCACCGGCCAACAUUGGUCCUUAUAGUCAGGCCAUUGAUAUUCCCAUCACGAGCAAUCACGCCGCACUCGGUCCGCGAUCCGUCUACGUCGCGGGCCAAAUAGCGCUUGUACCAAACAGCAUGAGACUGCCCACCCCCUCUGACACCAGUCUUGUCGAGCAAAUCACGCUCUCUCUGCAGCAUCUGUGGCGUAUCGGCACGCAUAUGAAGGUGCAGCAGUGGACAAGUGCCGUUGCCUACUUUGACAAGGCGGCAUCUGACGAGGACAUGAGGCGCAAGGCGCAGCUGGCCGGCAGGGCAUGGCGCAUGAUGCAUGCUGAGCCGGUCGAGGAAGAGGAUGAGGCCGCGCUGGAUCCGUGGGACCUCAAGUACAAUACGCAGUACAUGUCCCUGGCUAGCAACGAGAGCAGUAAACCACGGCCACUGCCCGACUGGGACGUCUUCUCCACGCGGCAGCAGAAUGAGCCCGAGACAUGCGUUCCGCCACUUUUCGUGGUCGAGGUCGCAGAGCUGCCGCGGGGCGCUGCCGUCGAGUGGCAUGCUCAUAUCGGAUUAUCGAGGCUCCCUCAGACGAGCACGCAGCUGGUGGCGCAUACUGAAUCUCAGCUGGAUGGAUGGUUGUCGUGGAGCACAUGUGUUCGAGCGGAGGGGGGUAUAUUUGUGCAUACCUUGCUGGCCAAUGUUGGACGUUUCAGCGCGAAGCUUAGCCUGAGUGCUAUUGUUGCCGAGGCUCGGAACAAGUAUCGCGAGUCGAUUCGGCUUCUCGGAGCCGAGUCUCUGGAUGUUGCUUCGCAGGCCCCCUACUUGAUCUAUGUAGAUAGUGACAGCAUGGCUGGCUGGACCGAAAUCUCUAGCAAUGCUGGGCUACCGUGCGCAACUAUACCCAAUCAUUCGAUCUGGACGGCAGAUGGGAAGAGGGCAUCGUGCGUGGCUGUGUUUAGGCUGUCGAUUAGGUCUUGGUAG